GGGCGAAAUGCACGUGCCCAAUUUGAAUAGUUUGAGUGUUUUCGGCGAUAUGGACAAUACUGGAGGUGGGACGAGAAGAAAACGAAGUGUUUAUUUAGAAGGGGCUCAAACUUAUUAUCAACCGCAUAAAAUUAAAGUUGGCCCAGCUCCGAAUGGUCCUCCUUUACCUUUCAACAAAAAAGAUAACGGGGUUGUUUUUGAAUGUUUAACACCUAUUAAUAUGUUGGGAUGUGCUAUGGGUAUUUUUCCAAUAAGAGGUUCUUCUUAUGGAAUGGCGCAAGUGUCUUUACCAAUGAUAAUAUAUUCAAUAUUUUUAUUACUGGUUAUGAGUGGUUAUAUUGGAUAUAUCAAGUGGGAUCACGUGGAAAUGGUAAAAUCUACAGAGGGGAAAUUUGAAGAGGCGGUUAUCGAUUACCUUUUUACGGUUUAUUUAGUACCUAUUAUAAUUUUACCAUUGACAUGGUAUGAAAGUAGAAAUAUCGCAUCGAUUUAUUGCGAAUGGUCCACUUUUGAACGGAUUUAUCUUAAGAUAUCGGGAAAAAGGUUAGCGCUAUUUAUGGGAAAUAAACCACUUUUAGUUACGUUGGGUUUACCAAUACUUUCUUGUGCUAUUAUGGUUGUUACUCAUAUUACGAUGGCUCAUUUUAGAUUUUUACAAGUUGUUCCUUAUUGUUACAUAAAUACAAUAACUUAUCUUGUUGGUGGGAUGUGGUAUUUGCAAUGCAACGUUAUCGGAAGAAUAGCCACUUUAAUAGCGGAUGAUUUUCAACAAGCUCUUCACCAUGUUGGUCCAUCAGUUAGAGUGGCGGAAUAUCGAUCACUUUGGAUGAUGUUAAGCAAAUUAACAAGAAAUCUCGGCGACUCAGUUUGUUAUAUGGUCACUUUUUUAUGUCUUUAUCUUUUCCUUGUCAUAACAUUAACUGUUUAUGGAUUAUUAUCACAAAUACAAGGUGGUUUGGGGAUUAAAGAUGUUGGGCUUACCGUUUCGGCCGUAUUCGCUACUGGAUUGUUAUAUUUUGUUUGCGAUGAAGCGCAUUAUGCAUCAAAUUGUGUUCGAGUUUAUUUUCAAAAAAAAUUGUUGCUUGUUGAGUUAUCUUGGAUGAAUGAUGACGCACAACAAGAAAUAAAUAUGUUUUUAAGAGCGACUGAAAUGAAUCAAACUGAUAUAAGUCUUGGAGGAUUUUUUGAUGUAAAUCGAAAUUUGUUUAAAUCAUUAUUAGCAACAAUGGUGACUUAUUUAGUAGUUUUACUACAAUUCCAAAUUAGUAUUCCAGAAGAUACAGGGGAUUAUAACAUCACUGAUGUAUUAACGUAA